GCUGGGAGGAGGAGGUGGAGGCGGUGGAGGCGGCAGCGGCGGCCAUUUCAGUCCUCCGAGCAGAGGCGCUGAGUUCGCGCUCCGCCGCUCCCCGUAUGCGUCCGUGAGCGCCAGCGAACCCCCCCUGUGUGUGUGUGUGCGGAUCCCCUCCCCACCCCCUCCACCCUCCCCCCCUCCCCGUAGUAGUAGUCGUAGUCAUAGCAAGGAACGGGGACGCGGUGCAACGAUGUCGGGCCAAAGUAUCACAGACCGCAUAGCGGCGGCGCAGCACAGCGUCACGGGCUCGGCCGUGGCCAAGGCGGUGUGCAAGGCGACCACGCACGAAGUCAUGGGCCCCAAGAAGAAGCACCUCGACUACCUGACGGCGUGCACCAACGAGAUCAACGUGAGCAUCCCGCAGCUGGCCGACACGCUGUUCGAGCGCGCCGUCAACAGCAGCUGGGUGGUGGUGUUCAAAGCGCUCGUCACCACGCACCACCUCAUGUGCUACGGGAACGAGCGCUUCAUCCAGUACCUGGCCUCCAGGAACACCCUGUUCAACCUGGCCAACUACGUGGACAAGAGCGGCGUCCAAGGUUACGACAUGUCCACGUUCAUCCGGAGGUACAGCAAGUACCUGAACGAGAAGGCCUACUCCUACAGGCAGAUGGCUUUUGACUUCACGCGGAUAAAGCGCGGGGUGGAGGGCGUGAUGAGGACCAUGAACACGGAGAAGCUGCUGAAGACGCUGCCCAUCGUGCAGAGCCAGCUCGACGCUUUGCUCGACUUUGAGGUGACGCCCAACGACCUGACGAACGGGGUCAUCAACUCGGCCUUCAUGCUGCUCUUCAAGGACCUCAUCCGUCUCUUCGCCUGCUACAACGACGGCAUCAUCAACCUCCUCGAGAAGUACUUUGAGAUGAACAAGAAGAAUUGUAAAGAGGCGCUGGACCUGUACAAGAAAUUCCUCACGCGCAUGACACGCGUCUCAGAGUUCCUCAAGGUGGCCGAGUGCGUCGGCAUCGACAAGGGCGACAUCCCCGACCUAACGCAGGCUCCCAGCAGCCUCCUGGACGCCCUGGAGCAACACCUGGCCUCGCUCGAGGGAAAGAAGACCAAGGACGCACCUAUGACCGCCAGCAGCCGCAGCACGAGCCUGUCGACGGCCGUGUCGGCGUUGUCCACCACGGGGAUGUCGCUGAGCCGCGUGGACGAGCAGGAGAGGCGGGCGGCGCUGGACGAGGAGCAGGCACGGCUCAACGCCCUCAAGCGCUUGCGGGAGCUGGGUGGUGGCGGUGGCGGUGGUGGUGGCGGCGGCGGUGGCGGCGGUGGCAAGCAGAGCUCUCCAGCGUCGAGCGGAACGUCGCCCAACUCCACGCCCGUGCGCAGCAACACGGCGCCGCCCUCCACCGACCUCUUCUCCUCCACGCCGCCCUCCACGCAGACGGGAGGCUCCAGCGAUCUCUUCGGGCUACAGCCGAACUUUGGGGGAGGUGUGCAGGGCACAGGGGUCCCUCCCGGAGCGCCCAGCCCCUGGACAGACGUGUUCGGGUCGCCGUUUCGCACCGCUAGGCCCGAAGACUUUCCCACUUCCAUUAGCCUUUACUCGUACGAUGCGACGUGCGGCGCCGAGGCUCCGUGCGUGUCGUCGCGAGAGCACUACGCGGUGUCGAGCGCGGCUCCCGCCACCUACUCCGCUCCGUUGCCUCCGGCCCCCUCCUCUCUCAAUCCCUUCUUGGGGUUCGGCGGGUCGUUCGUCCCCACGGCCGUGUCGCCUGUGUCCGCGGCGGCGCCCGGCGGCCUGCACACCGACUUCGACGCUGUCUUCGGGAACAAGAGCGCGGCGAACAAGGACGCGCUGGACUCGAGCGGUGUCGUGAUGCUAGGCGACAUCCUGCAGCCCAUGGUGGUGGCGCCCGCACAGUCAUCGGCGCCCAUGUCCUCGCAACAGGCGGCCAUGCUGGCGCCCAACGACCUCGACUCGUCGCUCGCAAACCUCGUCGGCAACUUAGCCAUGAACCCUGCAGGGAAAAAGGAGCACCAGUGGACCCCCGCCGGUGAGAAGAAGCUCACGGGCGGACACAACUGGCAGCCGCGCAUGACGGCCCCCGCCACCUGGGCCCAGUCCGUGCCUGCUGCCCCCUCACAGAACGGAUGGGGCGUCGCGCCGUAUGGCGCCGCAACGAUGGCGUACCCGACGGCGGUGAGCCAGCCGCUGCCCACGUACGGAAUGAUGGGUGUGCCGAUGGUGGGAGUGCCGGUCAUGGGCCAGCAGCCGAUGCUGUUCGCUCAGCCCGGAGUCCGGCCGACCAACCCCUUCGGGCCCGUGCCUGGGACGCAACAGAUGCAGUUCAUGUGACGUGAGGACGAAGCGCCAGCGCAGGCCGACUCAGGAGGAGGGCGCAGGCGCCUGGGCGAGGAAGGGGGGGCCCCCCCACACACAGGACCCGUUCCCCCCCCCCACCGCGAGCCCCCCACGAGCCCCCCUCCCCCCACUACGGUGCGCACACCACCCAACCCGAGCCGUCCGCCCCCACCCUCCACCUCCACGAGGCCUGGGCCGCGUUACGUUCUGCAUUCCCGUUAUUACGUAUUUUAUUUUUUUCUUUUGCAUAUUUUUUUUCCACAUCUUUUACAAAGUUUGAAUCAAAAAAAUAUAUAUAUGUAAGUGUGUGAGUGCGAGUGCGUGUGUGCGCGCAUAUAUAUAUAAAUAAUUACAGUGACGAAUUACAAGUGAAACGACGGUCAGAGCAGCAGCAGCA